AUGCUGCAUUAUCAGGAGCCUUACGGAGAUGAAGUGCAACCGCGAGGCAGUUGGCUUCGCCAGCAGGGCUGCCAAGAUCCUAACCUCGAGAAGACUAGUCUGUACCCGAAUGUAAUUAUGAGAGGAACAAAAUUAAUAUUGAUGGAGGUAGGAAAUGUAAAAUUUCUGGAUUCUCUCAAUUAUUUUCCUAUGCCUCUAACUGCUCUACCCAAGGCGUUUGAUUUGAAAGAGCUAAAGAAAGGAUACUUUCCACAUUUAUUCAACACUUUGGCUCAUCAGAAUUAUGUAGGGCCAAUUCCAGCGCUCGACUUCUACGAUCCCGACCAUUUAAAGGAAGACGCUCGGGAAAAAUUAUUAAAAUGGCAUGGCGAAAGACAAGCGGAGGGAUACGUUUUUGAUUUUCAGAAAGAAAUCGUUGAAUACUGUAUCUCCGAUGUGGAAAUAUUGACACAGGCGUGUCUCAAAUUUCGAGACCUGAUGAAAACCGAAACCACAGUCGAUCCCUUCCAGGAAAGCACCACUAUUGCAUCAUGCUGUAACAAAGUCUUUAGACGCAAUUUUUUAAAACCUGAGACGAUCGGGGUAAUUCCAAAAGGGGGCUAUAGAUGGCGUGAAAAUCAGUCAAAAAUUGCCAUCCAAUGGCUGUUGUGGGAGGAACAUCAAAGAGGAAUCAAAAUUCAACACGCCGCUAAGGGUAUAGAAACCAUUGUUAAGGGACAUAAAGUAGACGGUUUCUGUAGCGACACAAAUCAAAUUCUACCGAACCAGAACUUAUAUCACCCCGUUUUACCGUCAAAAAUGAACAACAAAUUGAUGUUUGUUAACUGUCAAAAAUGUGGUGAAGAUUUCGUUCGAGAAGAGUGUCAGCAUUCUAUUCAAGAAAGAAGCCUAAAAGGAACUUGGGUGAUAGAAGAGGUGCUCAAAGCUAUUGAAAAAGGUUACCAGAUUAUAGAGACUUACGAAAUAUGGGAAUACGAUACAAUUCAGCUCAGUAAAGACCAAGAGGGGUUAUUUAGCGGAAUGAUGAACAAGUUUCUACAAAUAAAACAACAAGCUUCAGGAUGGCCCAAACAUUGCUUAACGGAUGAAGAAAAAAACCGUUAUAUUGAUGCAUUUUUGGAUAGAGAAGACAUAAAGCUGGAAUUUUCAAAAAUUAUAGAGAACCCCUGUUUGAGAUCGUUAGCUAAACUUAUGCUGAAUUCCUUUUGGGGUAAAUUUGCUCAAAAAGAAAACCAAAACAAAACCUCAAUAGUCAGAGACUGUGGUGAAUUCUUUGAUAUGCUGACUAAUCCUUCUAUUCAUGUAAAUACAGUUCUCCCGGUAAACGAAGAAACCCUUCUCAUAACUUGGGAAUUUAGAGAAGAGGCCUAUGACGUUUCUUCAACGGUUAACGUUGUAUUGGCUUCAUAUGUCACGGCCCUAGCUAGACUAAAAUUAUAUUCAUUCUUGGAGAAAGUGGAAGAAAGGGCAGUUUACGUAGAUACAGAUUCAUGUAUUUAUAUCUCUCGUAAGGGAUUAGACGACAUAUCUACAGGCGACUUCAUAGGUGAUAUGACCGAUGAGCUCAAUGGGGGUUUCAUAUCAGAGUUUGUUUCUGGAGGACCUAAGAACUACGCCUACAAAUAUACUACUUUGUCUGGAGAGGAACAGAUCGUAUGUAAAGUAAAAGGCAUAUCACUCAACUACAAGGCAUCCCAAGUAGUCAAUUUUGAGAAAAUAAAAGACAUGGUGCUGAAGAAAUCUGAUCCUGUUUCUGUACUUUCUCGACAGCUACGACGUACAAGAGAGCAUGCAGUAGUAACAGUCGAGUUUCCUAAGGUAUACAAGAUAACUUCAAUGAAAAGGAAAUUCUAUGAAGAUCAUACCUCUGUACCAUUUGGAUUUAAGAAAAUAAAGUAUUGA